AUGUCUGCAAAUAAUGCUCCCCAGCCGGUGAAGCUUUCACUUCCGCUCGAAUAUCAGCAGAACCUGUUCCAGGAGCUUCGCGCUGAAGAUGAGCUUGUCGUUAUCGCCCGCGGCCUCGGGCUGAUGCGCCUUGUCAACAAUCUCCUCCACUCCUACGAUGCGGCCGGUAAUAAUCUGAUUGUUGUCGUCGCUGCUGAUGAGCGAGAAAAUGGCUGGAUUGGAGAGGCAUUGGCUGAACAUGCUGCCAUCAGCAUGUCCCCCAAGGCGCGUGGCUUGACCGUCGUCAACACAGACUCCCAGAGUGUCGGCGCAAGGGAGAAGAUGUACACUGGAGGCGGCAUAUUCAGUAUCACUUCGCGCAUCCUAGUAGUGGAUCUGCUCACAGGGUUGCUGAAUGCUGAAUCCGUCACAGGCCUUGUUGUACUUCACGCCGACCGUGUUGUCGCAACAUCUCUUGAGGCUUUCAUUCUAAGAGUCUACCGCCAGAAGAACAAGGUCGGGUUCUUGAAAGCCUUUUCCGACAAUCCCGACCCUUUCACGACUGGCUUCUCACCAUUGGCCACUAUGAUGAGGAAUCUCUUUUUAAGGAAAGCGUCGCUCUGGCCGAGAUUCCACGUUACUGUCGCACAAUCCCUGGAGGGUAAGAAGAAGGCCGAGGUUAUCGAACUCGAGGUUCCUAUGACGGACUCGAUGCGUGAGAUUCAGACUGCCAUCAUGGAGUGUGUCGAAGUCAGCAUUCACGAGCUUAAGAAAGGUAACAGCGGCCUGGAAAUGGACGACUGGAACCUUGACAGUGCUCUGCUCAAGAACUUCGACGUUAUCGUUCGACGACAAUUGGAUCCUAAUUGGCAUCGCGUGAGCUGGAAGACCAAGCAAAUUGUCAACGACUUGACUGUUCUGAGAACCAUGCUUAAUUCUAUUCUAUUGCAUGAUGCUGUUUCAUUCCUCCAACAUCUGGAUACAAUUCAUGCUGCCCAUUCUCCACCCCCAGGAUCGACUCGACAAAGUCAAUCGCCAUGGCUUUUUCUUGAUGCUGCCCAAACCAUUUUCGACACGGCAAGACGACGAGUGUACUCUGCUAGCGCCAAGGCCGCUGCUCGGGAAGAUAACAUCGACUCUUUGAGGCCGGUUCUUGAAGAGCUCCCCAAAUGGGCACUUUUGGCUGAAGUCUUGGAGGAAAUCGACCGCGAUCUGUAUUUCGAGCCUCCAGCUCGCGACGAUUCCAACGGCACCAUUCUGGUCAUGUGCUCAAACACUGACACAUGCAGGCAACUACGGGAUUUUCUGCAGACCAUGCACGUGAAGCCCAAGACAGAGAAAAGGAAGGAUGAAGAUGAUGAGGAUGGAGAUGAAGAUAAACCCUCUGCAGCUUUUAUGAUGCGGAGGCGGUUGCGUAACUACCUCAAGUGGAAGAGACAGUUCGCUCAAGUCAGCGCGACUCUCUUUUCUGAAAAUCAAAAGGCUCUCAAUGGCGCUGCGGACACUCGUCCGGGUUUUGCGGGGUCGAGAGGUGGAAGGGCCCCUGCUAACAAGAGACGACGAAUGCGUGGUGGAGGUAAUGUUGGUACAAGCAUGGGGCGUGCCGAGAAUGGCAGCAUCAUGCAGUAUAUCGAGAAGCCAGGAGAAGUCGCCGAUCUCAUGGCAGAGGUACAGAUCACAGAAGAGGAGGCACAACAGAAAGACGAGGUUGUUGCGGAUCCCCUUGACAAUAUGGAGGAGUACUUUAAGCUGUACGACAUGCAGGACCUUGUUGUCAUCCACGCAUAUGACGGAGACCAAGAUGAGCAUGUUCUUGAGGAAACCAAACCUCGCUACAUCAUCAUGUACGAACCGGACGCCGCCUUCAUCCGUCGAGUGGAAGUGUACCGGUCCUCGCACAAUGACAGGAACGUGAGGGUGUACUUCAUGUACUACGGUGGUUCAGUCGAGGAGCAGAAAUAUCUAUCGUCUGUUCGGCGAGAAAAGGAUGCUUUCACCAAGCUCAUCAAGGAGAGGGCAAGCAUGUCGCUUGUUAUGACAGUUGAUCCGGCAGAGGACCCUGAAGACGCUUUCCUCCGCACCGUCAACACACGAAUUGCUGGUGGUGGAAGGUUGGCAGCAACGGCUGAACCGCCGCGCGUUGUAGUGGAUGUGCGAGAAUUCCGCUCGUCAUUGCCGUCACUGCUCCACGGCCGCUCCAUGGUUAUCGUUCCAUGCAUGCUCACCGUCGGCGAUUAUAUCCUGUCACCAAACAUCUGCGUGGAACGCAAGUCUAUCAGCGAUUUGAUCUCGUCGUUUAAGGAUGGUCGACUCUACAGUCAGGCUGAGACCAUGUUCCAGUACUACAAGAGUGUGAUGCUACUGAUCGAGUUCGACCAGAACAAGUCGUUCACUCUAGAGCCGUUUGCCGAUCUUUCUGGAAGUUUGACUAGUGUAGCGCCAACCAACAUGUCAUCCGACCUUCAGUCCAAGCUAGUUCUACUAACUCUGGCAUUCCCCAAACUACGCAUCAUCUGGUCCUCUUCGCCUUACCAAACUGCCGAGAUCUUCGAGUCUCUCAAAACUCAGGAGGAAGAACCAGACCCGAUCGCCGCUGUCAGGGCCGGCCUGGACAAGGACACUCGGGCUGAGGAACAGGCUUUCAACCAGGAACCUCAAGACAUGCUCGCUAUUGUGCCAGGUGUCACACCGCAAAACAUUAAAAACCUGGUGCUCAAGACAGAGAGUGUUCGUGAAGUCGCCAAUAUGACAGUACAGGAGUUAGCACCCCUAGUGGGUACAACGGCUGGACGACAAAUUCAUGGGUUCUUUAACCGUAAUGUGAUGGAAGAGGAUGAUUAA